UUUACAUUUCCGGUAAAUAAGAACAGGCUUGUUGACAAACAUAUCUUGUCUGUUUUUGAGUUUAAGUCGUUAAUCCUCAUCAAAUGGUCAACUUUAAACCAUCAAUGGUUUACUACAGGUACAUUGGAACAUCAUGUAGAAGAAAAACAUCAUAAUUUACAGACAUGGCCAAUUACUUUGGACCAAACUCUGCAGCUUGGACUGCAAGAUCUGGAGUGGUUCUAGACCGAGAGAAAAAUGGUCCAAUGGCCUUCAAUGGAGCCCCAAAUAUAAACAUGAUUAUGUCUCAGACUGGGAAGAUGGGGUUUGAUGACAAACAGAGUGUACCUCACAAUAACGGACAAAAUUUACAAUCACAGAGAGAUGGUCAAAAUGUAGGCCUGGCAUCAUCUAGUGAAAAUAUCUCAUCUCACCCAAAUGGUCCUCAUUAUAGUAAUGCCAGUAUUGCUCACAACUCAAACAUGCAAACCAUGGCUGCUUCAAACUCAGGAAAUCAUCAAAAUAUGAUUCCGAAUAGUAUGACUUCUCAGUCAGGAGGUUUUUCUGUAAUGAAUUUAAUGGAUACAGGUGCAUCAGAUAUGAAUUUUGUGUCCAUGGGUGGUCAAGGAAUGACCUCAAUGAAUAAUAUGAUGGGUGGUCAAGGAAUGAAUUCUAUGGGAAGAACUAUGACUUCAACAAUGAAUCCAGCAUCCAUGGGUGGUCAAGGAAUGACUUCAAUGAAUAAUAUAAUGGGUGGUCAAGGAAUGAAUCCUAUGGCUAGAACUAUGACUUCUACAAUGAGUUCAUCAUCCAUGGGUGGUCAAGGAAUGACUUCAAUGAAUAAUAUGAUGGGUGGUCAAGGAAUGACUUCAAUGAAUAAUAUGAUGGGUGGUCAAGGAAUGAAUCCUAUGGAAAGAACUUUGACUUCUACAACGAAUCCUGUGUCCAUGGGUGGUCAAGGAAUGACUACAAUGAGUAAUUUGAUGGGUGGUCAAGGAAUGCCAUCAGUGAAUUCCAUGGGUAGAACUAUGACUUCUACAAUGAAUUCCACAGGAUACAAUAUGACUGGAUUACAACAAAAUGUACCUCUGAUGAAUGCCAAUAUACCACCUCAUAUGUUUAUGCAGGCUGUAAACUUUGAUUCUUCACAGAACCAAGAAGAAAUGAAUAAAACUAUGGAAACCUCUAUGGACAUACUGGAACAGCAGCAGGCCAUGGAACAAAGCAAGUUGUUACAUAGAUUUAAAGAACUUAGACAGUUACAGAUACAACAACAAGAAAUGUUAAUGAAGCAACAGCAAGAUCAACUAGAGUCACUCAGAUAUGAACAACAAAACGUACAUUCUGUUAUAGCUAAACAACGCAAAAAUCAGUGGGGAGGCCAGGUAAAUACAGAUUUAGGUGAAACAAGAACACCACCCAAAAGACAGAAGGCACAAGGAAGUGGAUUGGCUAAAGCAAUGAGCAUGACACAGCAAUCUCACCAAUCACAGCAAGCCAAUCAAUCACAAAAAAGUUAUGUGGACUAUGCUAAUCAGUCUGCCUUGCCAUGCCCAGUGAUGUAUGUGCCACUGAAUGAAGAUAAUGAUGAGAUCAAGACCAAUCCUGACCUGUUUAGUGAUACCAAUUCUCAUGUAGGGAGCCAGUGUACAGAGGAUGGAUUCAGACAGUUACCAGAUUCUGCUUCUGAGGUGGGGGAAAUCCCACAGCUACCAAGCAGGAAACCAGUCAGUAGAGUUUCAACCAUGCACAUGUCUAUGAAGAAAAGUUUAACAGAAGAUUUGGAGCACGAUGAAGGUUUUGGUACCCAAUCAUUCCGGUCAUCAGGUCAGACUGACCACCUCAGGCCUCAAAGACAAAUGGACAUGAUGGAUGGUCAAGAAGUUUAUCACGAGGAUGAGGACAGUGUCCAGUUAGAGGAGCAGAAUCUUGACCAGGAAGAAGAAUACGAUGAUGAUGAUGAUGAAGAGGAGGAAGAGGAUUUUGAUUUUAACAAGGAGGAAGACCAAGAUCAUGUGACCUCAGAAGAGGAGGACCAACCAAUGACAGGUGCUACACUGGAUGACAGACCAGUAAUUGGAUUGGGAGAGAAAAAGACUUUUGAAGAAUUACUAGAAGAACAACUCAGAGCAGAGGAGGAGAGGAUGAGGCUACAAGCAUCAAAAGGAGAAAACAUAGAAAGUCCAAAGAGAUGUUUUUUGAAGAAAGGACAAGGAAUAGCUAGGUAUGGUUUGCAGUCCAAAUCUAAACCAACAAAAGAUUUGAAAUCUGUGAAACCUAAAGUGGAUAGUAAUUCCUCACAACAAAACAGACUUUCGAAACCUGAUACUCAACAGAAUAAGUCUGCCAAACCAGACAGUAACUCUAGUCAGCAAAAUAAAACAGCAAGGGGAGAUAACAGACCAAAUAAAAUGUCAAAGGGAGAUAAUUUGACAAAACAUCAGAAGGCAGGUGGAAAAGAGGCUGUUCAAGAAACCAAGAAAAGAGGGACCUGGCAGGACAGGAAUAAACUGAACUUAAAGACUUCACCAGCAAAGAACCAGAAAUUAACUAAAUCUCCACGAGAGGAUACACUACCAAAAUAUCAGCAAACAAAUAAUGGCAAUGAUCAAAAAGUACAAGAUAAAAGACUACUUAAUAAACCUCCUAAAGGAGAACUUCCUAAAGGGAGACAACAAAUUCAGAAACCAAAUGGAAAUGCAAAUAAACAACAAAGAACUGAGGAAAGGGAAACAGUGUCAGAUUCCCCUGAUUUCAUGUCAGAUAAUGAUUCAUUUGUUGUAAGGAUUAAACAAAGAGCAAAGAAUGAUGUAUUAGAGAAAGAAGAAGUUGAUGAAUUUGAAUAUCUAGAGAACUGUGCAGACAAUAUGUCUUUUUGUAGCCAGUCAUCGUUUGUAACCAAAAUAUUACAGAAAGAUAGAAUGAAACCAGAUCCUUUAAAACCAUUACUACAGUCUCCCAGAACAUCAGUGGCAAUGCAGCUUCAAGCUACAAUCAAAAAUGCCACACAGCAGCAUGAAAAUUUACAACAAAAUGUUCACAGGAAUUUUGUGAACAUCGAGACUGAAAAUAUAAAGCAACCAAUGCUUCAGCCUGAACAGAUGAAGAAACAAGAAUUGAAGGUGACAAAACCUCAAGUUCAAUCAGAUGAGGAAGAAAGUUCUGAAGAAGACGAAGAAGAUGAUGAAAAUGAGGAUGAGGAGGAAGAAGAAAGUGAAGAAGAAAGCAGCGAUGAAACAGAGAGUGAAGAUGAUAGUGACAGUGAUGAUUCUGAUGAAGAGCUGCCAAAAUCCCCUUCAAAGGUCAUGACUAGAAAAGUGGCAUCUCAAAACACUGUUUCAAAUCUAUUACAAAAACUGAAAAUAAAUUCACAUAAUGAUUCUUCAGCUAGUCUAAAUACAAGUUCGUUUAUUCCGAAUCCUAAAUCUCCUUUAGUUAUAUCUAAAGAAGUAACUGCAGCAACUAAAUCUAAGUCUCAAGGAUUUAAUGGUCUAGAUGAAAGUGUUGAUUCAACGGAUUUUAAAAUUCAUAGUCAAAUUUCUAGUCUAAGAAAAUCAACAGAUUCUACGUCUGACGAUGGGAAAAAUGAUAGUGAUGAUAGCGAAAAUUCUUAUUCAAACUUAAAAAUUCUUCCAAAAAGAACUGGGAAAUAUGAUAGCAGCGAGACUGAUAGUAAAUUUACCUCUGACUCAGAUAAUAAGCAUCAAAGUGAAUCAGAUGAUAAACAUUCAAGUGAUUUUGAUGAUGAAGAGGAAUGGGGAGACACAACAUUAAAGGCCAAAUCUCCCAAGGAGAAACGUAAUGAACAAGAAGAAACCAGUAAUGGAAGUGAAACACCUCCAACAUCAAAGUUGGUGUCAAAAUUAUUCCCGAAAUUGAAACCUCAGCCAUCUAAACAACAGAUUCAGGAUCAGCAGAAACUACAGACAGUAAACCAUACAGCAGCAAAUGAUGGUGUUCAGUCAAAAGUCUUGAGGGAGAAAUUAGCUGAACUGGAGAAAGAGAUAGAGAAGUUCCGAAGUGAAAAUAUAAACCUCGACAAACUACGCAAAGAAAGAGAGGAGGGCCUUUCACGUUUAAAGAAAGAAAUAACAGAUUUUGAAAAAGAGAAAAAUAAAGAACUGAUUAGAAUACAGGAUUAUAAGACUGAAGAAAUGAAGAAAUUAAAGCAUGAAAAGAAAAUGUUUGAAAAGUAUCAAAAGGCAGCUAGAGACAUACCUAAUAAAAAGGAAAGAGAAGAAAUAGAAAUGUUAAAAAAUCAGAUGACAGAUUUGCAAGAAGAAAUGAAGAGAAAAGAGACAAGAUGGACGUCCAGUAACUCCAGACUUAGGAGUAAGAUAGAACAGUUAGAACAAGAAAACACAGAGCUAAAAGAAGAAAUAAAACUAAUGGAAAAGAGGAGGCUGGAAUGGCUUCAGAAAGAACAAAACAAUAAGGGAAAAUCUAAAUCAGCACAAAGAAGUAGUACUCCAUCACAGUUAGCCCCAACACAAAACUCAGCUGACUUUCAGACCACAGACUCUGAUGAAGAGAAGGACCCUGUUAGAGACUCCUCUAGUUCUAAGACAUCCUACUCUCAAAUGUCUCUAAGAGCCACACAGUCUGCCACACAAGUCAGAGUUCCAAGUAUCCCACCACAGCAAUCAUCGUCACAACCUUCGCUGCAAAACAGAACUGCCCAACCAAACUUUACCAGUCUUCCAGGAGGUUCCAAGGCAGCACAGCCUAGCUUCACUGGCCACCCAGGUCCAUCCAGAACUUCCAGUCAACCCGGUCCAGCUAAGUCACCUCAGCCUGGUUUUAGUAAUGCCCAACAGAAAUCACAGCAGGACCACCUUUUGAGAAUGUCAUUAAUGGAAGAUGUCCCCAGGGGUGGAGCAGUGGUUGCCAUGCCACAAGAUACCAGUUUAUAUACAGAUACAGAAGGGGAUACAACAAACAGUGCUAAUGUUCCACGGAAGACAGCAUCUAAAUAUAGUGUAGAUAGGUCUAUGAUUGACAAAGGCAAUAGUGGUUAUGAUGAAUUUCAGCACAAUGAUGGCAAGAUUGAGAGGAUAUAUAAGACUGGUGCCCGAGAGAUUUUAUUUGGUAACGGAACCCGGAAGGAGAUAUCAGCUGAUGGCAAAUCUAUUGUAGUAUCAUUCUUCAAUGGAGACAUAAAACAGAUCAUGCCUGAUCAGAGAGUGGUAUAUUACUAUGCAGAAGCUCAGACUACACAUUCUCAUUAUCCUGAUGGCCUAGAAGUUUUACAGUUUCCUAACAAUCAGCAGGAGAAACAUUAUCCAGAUGGAACCAAAGAAAUCACAUUUGCAGAUCAGACCAUUAAAUAUUUAUUCCCUAAUGGGUCAGAGGAGAGCAUCUUUUCUGAUGGAACUGUUAUACGAGUAGAUAAGAAUGGAGAUAAAACCAUGGAGUUUCCGAAUGGACAGAGAGAAAUACAUACAAAUGAUUAUAAAAAAAGGGAAUACCCAGAUGGCACAGUUAAAACUGUUUACCCGGAUGGUCGACAGGAAACCAGAUACUCCAAUGGUAGAAUCCGUGUAAAGGACAGAGAUGGGAAUGUUAUUGUUGACAGACGAUGUUGAUGAUACAUGACAUAACAUAAAAUAAGCAGCAUUACAGAAUAUUUUAUCACACAAAACAAUUAAAUAUUAUAAAAUAUUUUAUCAUACAAAAUAUUCUUGACAGUGUUAACUGCCAUUGUCCUCGAGCCAUUAAUUUAUUUUCGUAUUUUUAAUUUUAUAAAAAAGCUGUGUAUAUUUUGAAAAUUUGAAUAGAUUAGUAAAUGAAUAGAUUUAUAAAAUCUUUAUUUAGUUAGCAUAGAAUAGUUAAUUUAGCUGAAAAACAUCCAAUCAAAAAAAUCUAUGUAAAUUUACGCCAUUCCAUCAAAUAGCCUUUAUUCUGACUAGUAGUAAAGAUUGAUGUAUACUAUCAAUUGAAUGGCAUCUUUCCAAUCAGCUGAAUACUGUAAACACACACAUAUAUAUACAUAUAUAUAUAUAAAGUUACCCUAGAUCUGUUCCUACCAAUUUAUUUAUUGAAAUUUGAAAUAUCUGCUUGAAACAUGUAAUAUUGUCAUGUAUGAUCUGCAUAUAUUUUUAAAAACCAGAGUCUUUCAAACUUUGAAAUGUUGUAAAUAUACAAUUGAUAAAUGUCUAAUUUCUCAAUACACUGGCAUUGCUGUUACAGUUGUAAUUGGUUCACAUGUAUUUUCUCAUUAUACUGCCAUUACUGUAACAUGUAUUUUUUCCAUUAUACAUGCAUUGCUGUAACAGUUUCAAUUGGAACAUGUGUAAUAUCUCAUUAUACUGGCAUUGCUUUAAUAGUUGUAAUUGGCACAUGGUCGUUUUCUCACUUGCUGUUACUGUAAUAAUUAGCACAUGUGCAUUUUGUCAUUUGAUGCAACUGUUGUAAUUGACUCGUGUGGUUUUUUUUUCACUUGUGCUUACUGUUGCCAUUUUCUCAGGAACACAGUAUAAAAGAAGGCAGCCAUUUACCUGUAUAUACAUCCACAUGUAUAUAAAAAUGUCACUAAGUGCCUGUCUAUUUUAAUUUGUUCCUAUAUUUUGGUGCUACUUCAUGUUUACCUAAGUUACAUAUUAUUUAUUAUCAUUUCUCAUCUGAGCAUUCAAAUAUUUUUUGUAGAAGAGGCAUAUUUUAUUUUUAGAUAUUUUGUUAAAUAUGUUUGUAUCAAUGUUGUUGAAAGGUGAAAUGAGACAUAGCAUGUGUUAGCUUUAUGAAUUCAAAUACUAAGGUAGAAAAUGUUUAAUAAGAUUUAGGUUAUUUAUAGACACUGUUAUUUUUUAUACCUCUAUUUUCUCAGAGGAUUCAGUUCCCAGUGGUAUUUAUGUUGUCUGCUGUAUCAUCAAAUAUUUUUGGUUGUUAAUCUUUUUAUGUCUUAUUUUUUCUACCCUUGUCUCUUUUGCAAAUAACUGUGGAUUCAUUAAUUUUCGUAGGUACCAAUUUUCGUGGGAACCAAUUUUCAUGGAUUAAAGAAAACUUACAUGUACCUGGAUAUUUAAUUAAGAGGUCUUGAUCCAACUUGCAUACAAGUGUACUGGAAAUUUGUCAUUCUUUGAACAACUAAUCCUGUACCCAGGAAAUCCAUGAAAAUCGAUAUCCAACAAAUAACAAUGAAUCCACAGUAUAUGCAUUUCUUGUUAAAAGGAAUACAGGGUACAAAUAAACCAUAUUGAUUGAAAAUGAAACCACAAAGUGUAUGUAAUGAUAAGAAUACAUUUUUAUACGACCGCAAAUUUUGAAAAAAUUUUCGUCGUAUAUUGCUAUCACGUUGGCGUCGUCGUCGUCGUCGUCGUCGUCGUCGUCGUCGUCCGAAUACUUUUAGUUUUCGCACUCUAACUUUAGUAAAAGUGAAUAGAAAUCUAUGAAAUUUUAACACAAGGUUUAUGACCAUAAAAGGAAGGCUGGUAUUGAUUUUGGGAGUUUUGGUCCCAACAUUUUAGGAAUUAGGGGCCAAAAAGGGCCCAAAUAAGCAUUUUCUUGGUUUUCGUACUAUAACUUUAGUUUAAGUUAAUAGAAAUCUAUGAAAUUUUGACACAAGGUUUAUGACCACAAAAGAAAGGUUGGGAUUGAUUUUGGGAGUUUUGGUUUCAACAGUUUAGGAAUUAGGGGCCAAAAAAGGGCCCAAAUAAGCAUUAUUCUUGGUUUUCGCACAAUAACUUUAGUUAAAGUCAAUAGAAAUCAAUGAAAUUUAAACACAAUGUUUAUGACCACAAAAGGAAGGUUGGUAUUGAUUUUGGGAGUUUCGGUCCCAACAGUUUAGGAAUUAGGGGCCAAUAGGGACCCAAAUAAGCAUUUUUCUUGGUUUUCGCACCAUAGCGUUAGUAUAGGUAAAUAGAAAUCUAUGAAUUUAAACACAAGGUUUAUGACUAUAAAAGGAAGGUUGGUAUUGAUUUUGGGAGUUUGGUCCCAACAGUUAAGGAAAAAGGGGCCCAAAGGGUCCAAAAUUAAACUUUGUUUGAUUUCAUCAAAAUUGAAUAAUUGGGGUUCUUUAAUAUGCCGAAUCUAACUGAGUAUGUAGAUUCUUAAUUUUUGGUCCCGUUUUCAAAUUGGUCUACAUUAAGGUCCAAAGGGUCCAAAAUUAAACUUAGUUUGAUUUUAACAAAAAUUGAAACCUUGGGGUUUUUUGAUAUGCUGAAUCUAAAAAUGUACUUAGAUUUUUGAUUAUUGGCCCAGUUUUCAAGUUGGCCCAAAUCGAGGUCCAAAAUUAAACAUUGUUUGAUUUCAUCAAAAGUUGAAUAAUUGGGGUUCUUUGAUAUGCCUAAUCUAACUGUGUAUGUAGAUUCUUAAUUUUUGGUCCAGUUUUAAAAUUGGUCUUAAUUAAAGUGCAAAGGGUCCAAAAUUAAACUAAGUUUGAUUUUAACAAAAAUUAAAUUCUUGGGCCUCUUUGAUAUGCUGAAUCUAAACAUGUACUUAGAUUUUUGAUUAUGGGCCCAGUUUUCAAGUUGGUCCUAAUCCGGAUCUAAAAUUAUUAUAUUAAGUAUUGUGCAAUAGCAAGUCUUUUCAAUUGCACAGUAUUGUGCAAUGGCAAGAAAUAUCUAAUUUCACAAUAUUGUGAAAUAGCAAAUUUUUUUUUAAUUAAGAGUUAUCUUUCUUUGUCCAGUAUAGUAAGCAAGAAAUAUCUGCAAGAAUUUUUUUUAAUUGGAGUUAUCUUUCUUUGUCCAGAAUCAACUUAAAUCUUUGUUAUAUACAAUAUACAAUGUAUAUUCACUUUUUACUACCAACUGAUAAAUUUAAAUAAUCUUUACCAUUCAUUGAUAACAAGCAGUUUUUUUACAUCUUAAUAUUUUAUGAUGUAUUUAAAUGAGUAGUAAUUGUUGCAAACUCCAUUAGAAUAUUUCAAUUGAAAUUAGUUUUGGAAUAAGGGAAAGGGGGAUGUGAUUAAAAAAUUGGGUUCAAUUUUUCUCAUUUGAAAUUUCAUAAAUAAAAAGAAAAUUUCUUCAAACAUUUUUUUGAGAGGAUUAAUAUUCAACAGCAUAGUGAAUUGCUCUAAGAGAAAACAAAAAUUUUAAGUUCAUUUGAAUACAUUCAUUCUGUGUCAGAAACCUAUGCUGUGUCAACUAUUUAAUCACAAUCCAAAUUUAGAGCGGAAUCCAGCUUGAAUGUUGUGUCCAUACUUGCCCUAACCGUUCAGGGUUCAACCUCUGCGGUCGUAUAAAGCUACGCCCUGCGGAGCAUCUGGUUGUAUCUGAAAGAAAUUAAUUAAAACAAUAUUGCAUACUGAAUUUAGUCAAAAUGAUUUACAUUUACACAUUAGCCUCAAAUCGGAACUGUGUCAAAUUGCCUAAUGCUUUGUGUUUUUUUUUUCUUUUUUCUUAACAGAUGACUUUAAAUAAGAAAACAAAUUUGUCUAAAUUUGCUUUUUUUUGGCUAGAUUCUCAUGUUGAUAGAAGUUUUCAUUUGUCUUUUAAGGUUGUAUCUAAUUUCUGAUGUGAACUGUUACAUUAACAUUUCCAUAUUAGAUUUUCUGUUUAUGUUUUGUCCAUAGAAUUGUAUGAAUAAAUUAACAAUAUUAAAAGACCACCUCUGAAUAAUUUGUUAUAAUUUGUUGUAUGAAUAGUUCUGAUGAGUCUUCUACUUAUUAACAUUUCCAUAUUAGAUUUUCUGUUUAUGCUUUGUCCAUAGAAUUGAAUGAAUAAAUUAACAAUAUUAAAAGACCACCUCUGAAUAAUUUGUUAUAAUUUGUUGUAUGAAUAGUUCUGAUGAGUCUUCUACUUAUUAAAGUUGAAACAUUUUUUGUUUAUUUGAAAUGCUAUGAAGAAUUUAAAAAAAAAGCAAAGUUCUUAUCAAACAUAAGGGAGAGUUUGAAAAUGUUACUGAAUUUCUUAAUCUGAGAGUUUUUUGUCAACUUUUGCUGAAAAAUAUUUCUUUUGCACACCAUAGUUGAAUGUUGAACACAUUAGCAAAUUAAUUAAAAUCAAUUUAUUUCAAAAUUACUGUACUAAAAUUGUAAACUAAGAGAAGUUUUUUCACAUGGUUCCACUUGUUUUAUUGUUUAUCAUAUAAUUAUUGUAGAUCUGGCAUUUUUCAGUAUUUAUUGUUUUAAUGUAUUUUGUUUGACAUAAUUAGUAUUUUUAAGAGAUGUUGAAUUAGUAUUAGAUGUACAGAAAUUGUAGUUCUUUUAGUGCUUAAGAU